AUGUAUUCUCGGGCUGGGUUGACGAGAUGUACACAGCAGAUCAAUCUUGUGCUAGCAGCUGCGACAAAAUUACCAAAUAACGAUAUAAAUAUCUAUAAUGAGAACAUAAGAAAUAUCGACACCAUUAGAAACAGUAUUAUCAAACAGGCUAACUUUCCAGACAACAACGAAAGUAACAACCACAACAAUAACAACGGCAACAAUAUCAGCACCAAUACCACAAACAACAACAAUAUCAACAACAAAAAAUCACCUAUCACAAACUGGGUGAUAAAACCAAAAAUAAAACGCAACAGCAAAAACAGCCACACCAGCUACAGCAACAACCACAACAACGACCAACAUAACAAAUACAGCCACAGCAGCAGCAGUUAUCGUCGCAGCCACAACAAAAUAGCGAAAUCUUGCCUAAGAAGCAGUGAUUGCGAUACAAGCAUCGGCGAAUCCUGCUAUUUCCUCUACGAAGGAUGCUCUGCUGGUCACUGCAUGUGUCAAAAUGAUUACAGACACAAUGGAAUCAUCGAUAGAUGUCGCAAAAAAUUUAUUAACGAGUCCUGUACUCGCAAUGGAGAUUGCCACGCCGAAAUGAUAUGUGCACCUGCAACCAUCAUCAACAACAUAAACAGCAACCUAGACAGCAACUUUGACAACAACAAAGUUUGUCAGUGUCCAGAGAAAACGAUAGCGUCAGACGAUGGAAGUUUUUGUCUGGUUGGUCAACUGCACAGACUCCUGGGAACAAAAUGUCAACCGUCCACUCACGAAUGUUUGCAGAAGGCAGCAUACGGCUAUACAAGAACGGACACGGAAUGUCAUUCGGAGCAGAAUAUUUGCACGUGUGUGGAAGGGUUCAGGAAGGAGAGAAUGGCCUGUCUUAAGAGUUGGUUCUGA